AUGCUAUUUAGACCAUCAUUACCGUACAUUGCGGCUUUCACCGCUGCUGCCACUGCGACGGUCGUGCAAUGGGGCACCUGCGCCGACAACUUUGGCGCGCCGCUGCCGGUGGACUGCGGGCGCCUCUUUGUGCCGCUCGACUACACAGCGCGCGACCAGGGCGGCGGCGGCGGCGAGUCGCUGAGCCUGAAGCUGCUACGGUCGCCGGCUCUGCGGAAGCCGGUUAAGGGCAGUAUCGUGUUGAACUUUGGCGGACCGGGUGCGACGGGGCGCGACUCGCUGGCUGCUGUUGCGCCGAUACUGCACAUGUUUACGGGAGGAAAUUAUAAUCUCAUUGCCUUUGAUCCUCGCGGCACGGGCUCCACGAUUCCUCUUGCAUGUCUGGACACGGACAUGGAAAAGCUGAACAUGAUGCUUGACUUUUCGCUGGUGCCGAGGGCGCAUGAGCGCGAGAACCUGGGCCGCUUCUGGGCGCGCGGCACGAUUCUCGCGGAGCAGUGCGGCCGCCGGCCGCAGGAGAACAAGACGGGCGCGCUUAUCGGCACGGCGUUUACGGCGCGGGACGUGGUCAGCGUGGCUGAGGCUUUGGGAGAGGAUGGCCUGGUGCGGUAUUGGGGCUUCUCGUACGGGACGACGCUGGGCGCGACCUUGGUGGCCAUGUUUCCCGACAAGGUGGACAGGGUCAUUCUCGAUGGCGUUCAGAACCCGCACGAGUACUACCACGCAUACGCGGAUAUAGAAGAAUGGUCCGACUCUGAUGAGGAAUUCUCGCACAUCUUUCAGCACUGCGUCGCGAACCCGUCCCGGUGCGCGCUGGCCCGCGACGGGGUCUCUGCCGCGGCGCUCGAGCGGUCUGUAUGGCAGCUCCUCGAGCGCCUCAAGUACCACCCCGUCGUCGUCGCCGACUACAUCAUCGACCGCCGAGUUGUCAGCUUCCUGAUCGUGACCAGUCUCUACAAAUACGUGUCGUGGCCGAACCUCACCAAGGCGCUCGACAUUCUCAUACGCGACGAGUACCACCACCACCAAGACGACGUCGACUUUCUCAUCCGCAUAUUCAACCUUGAAAGCGAGGUACAAGGUAAGGACCUCGACGCGGGCAUUGCCGCGCAGCUGGCCCUGGUCGGCAUCCACUGCGGCGAUCGCGCGGCGCGCGCGGGCAGCCUCGAAGUCCUGAUGCCCACGCUGCGGCGGCUGGCGCGUGUGAGCAGGGUGCUGGACGGCAUGCCCGGCGGCAUCAACAUUCCCUGCGCGCAGUGGAAGUUUGAGCCCAAGGAGCGCUACGGGGGCGACUUUCAGGUGGCGCCGCGGCGUCCGGUGCUCAUUGUGGGAAAUACGUGGGACGGGCUGACGCCGCUGCGCUCGGCGCACAAUGUCAGCUCCGGCUUCAAAGGGAGUGUGGUGCUGGAAGUUAACGGAUAUGGACACUCAUCGCUCGGGCUUCCCUCUGCGUGUAAUCUUCGCCAUGUGCGCGCGUACUGGCAAAACGGCACCGUGCCGGAGCCUGGUACCGUCUGCGAGGUCGAUGCGCCGCCGUUUUCAAACAUUACGUGGGAGGACGUCUUGCGCGACAUGGACGAGGAUGGAGAGGCCGCGGCAGACGAUGGCGGGAACCUGGAGCUUCGACGGAGGGGGACGGUGGUCUCUCUCGAUAAGGCGUUGGAAAAGUUCUCUGAAAUUGGGCAGAGGACACUGGGAUGGAGAAUCUGA